AUGCUGUCCGCCGCUGCCCCCCGCCGAUGGGCGGCUGUGUUCCUGCUAUUUACCGUCCUCUGCGUGCUGUUCACGCCCGCAGAGAUGGUUAAACACGACCUCUUCAAAACCUGCAAUCAAUCCGGCUUCUGCAAGCGUAACAGGGACUUUGCCGACAAUGCUCAGUCUCUGUCUUCGACUUGGCAGUCCCCCUACAACCUAGACCCCGCCUCCGUGACUUUCGACAAGGGCCAAUUGACCGCCACCGUCCUUAAGAAGGUCAAUGGCCAAGACGACGUUCGUCUGCCGCUCACCGUCACCUUCCUCGAGUCCGGCACAGCCCGCUUUACCCUCGACGAGGAGAAGCGUCAGAAGGGAGAGAUCGAGCUGCGACACGACAGCAAGGCCCGCAAGGAGCGUUACAAUGAGGCUGAGAAGUGGGCUAUAGUUGGCGGCCUCGACGUCAGCACUGGUGCUGCCAUCAGCCCCGACGCUGAGGAAGGCACCACAAAGAUUACCUACGGCCCUGGUGGCACCUUUGAAGCCGUAAUCAAGCACUCGCCCCUGGCUGUCGAUUUCAAGCGCGACGGAAAGACCCAGGUGCAGUUCAACGAGCGCGGUCUUCUGAACUUGGAGCACUGGCGGCCCAAGGUCGAGAAGGAGAAGAAGGAAGGCGAAGAGGGUGCUGCUGAGGAGGCUACCCCCGAGCCCACAGAGGAUGAGAGCACCUGGUGGGACGAGUCCUUUGGUGGAAACACUGACUCUAAGCCGAAAGGUCCUGAAAGUGUUGCUCUCGACAUCACCUUCCCCGACUAUGAGCAUGUCUAUGGUAUUCCCGAGCACGCCAGCUCUCUCUCGCUCAAGGAGACUCGCGGUGGUGAUGGCGCCUACUCUGAGCCUUACCGCCUCUACAAUGCCGAUGUUUUUGAAUACAUCAUGGACAGCCCCAUGACCCUCUAUGGUUCCAUCCCCUUCAUGCAGGCCCACCGCAAGGACUCUACCGUUGGUGUCUUCUGGCUUAAUGCUGCUGAAACCUGGGUCGAUAUCGUGAAGGCGAAGAGCGCUGCCAAUGCUCUUAGCCUGGGUGUUGCCGGCCAUACUGAUACCAAGACCCACUGGAUCUCUGAGAGUGGUCUCAUUGACGUUUUUGUCUUCCUCGGCCCGACGCCCAAGGACGUGGUCAAGAGCUACAGCGAGCUCACCGGUUACACUCAGCUUCCCCAAGAGUUCGCUAUUGCCUACCACCAGUGCAGGUGGAACUAUGUCACCGACGAAGAUGUCAUGGACGUCGACCGCAAGUUUGACAAGCACGACAUUCCCUAUGACGUUAUCUGGCUUGAUAUUGAGUACACCCACGAGAAGAAGUACUUCACCUGGGACCCCAUGACUUUCCCCAAGGCCCUGGAAAUGCACCAGCACCUCGACAAGCACGACCGCAAGCUUGUUGCCAUCAUUGACCCCCACAUCAAAAACGUCGCCGACUACCCCAUUGUCGAUGAGCUCAAGAGCAAGGAUCUUGCUGCCAAGACGAAGGAUGGUAACCAGUACGAAGGCUGGUGCUGGCCGGGUUCCUCCUACUGGGUCGAUUGCUUCAACCCUGCUGCUAUUGAAUGGUGGAAGACGCUCUUCAAGUACGACAAGUUCGAGGGCACGGCCCCGAAUACCUUCAUCUGGAACGACAUGAACGAGCCGUCCGUAUUCAACGGUCCUGAGACUACCAUGCCGAAGGACAACCUGCACUUCGGCAACUGGGAGCACCGUGAUGUCCACAACAUCAACGGCAUGACCUUCCACAAUGCUACCUACCAGGCCAUGCUUGAGCGCAAGAAGGGCGAGAUCAUUCGUCCUUUCAUCCUGACCCGCUCUUUCUACGCCGGUAGCCAGCGACUUGGUGCCAUGUGGACCGGUGACAACCAGGCCAACUGGGACCAUCUUGCGGCUUCAAUCCCCAUGGUCCUCAAUCAGAACAUUGCUGGCUACCCCUUCGCGGGCGCUGACGUUGGUGGCUUCUUUGGUAACCCCGGCAAAGAUCUCCUUACUCGCUGGUACCAGGCGGGUGCUUUCUAUCCCUUUUUCCGCGGUCACGCCCACAUCGACACUCGCCGCCGUGAGCCCUACCUUGCCGGCUCGCCCUACACUGAGAUCAUCACCCAGGCCCUUCGUCUGCGUUACUCCCUCCUGCCCGCCUGGUACACCGCUUUCCACGAGGCCAGCGUCGAUGGCUCCCCCAUCAUCCGCCCGAACUACUACGUCCAUCCCACCGACGAGAAGGGCUUCGCCAUUGACGACCAGCUCUAUGUUGGCUCGACCGGCCUCCUUGCGAAGCCCGUCGUCACCGAGGGCGCUGAGAGCGUCGAUAUCUACAUCGCCGAUGACGAGCCCUACUACGACUACUUCGACUACACCGUCUACACCGGCCCUGGCACCAAGACCAUCGCGGCGCCGCUCGACAAGAUCCCGCUGUUCAUGCAGGGCGGCCACAUUAUCCCGCGCCGCGACCGCCCGCGCCGCAGCUCCGGCCUGAUGAAGUACGACCCGUACACGCUCGUCGUCGUGCUGGGCAAGGACGGCACCGCGUCGGGCGAACUGUAUGUCGACGACGGCGAGACUUUCGACUACGAGCAGGGCGCCUACAUCCACCGUCGCUUCCUGUUCGACACCACCACCAAGGCCCUCACCUCCGUCGACAUCGGCACAUCUGGCGCCAAGACCGCUGCCUACCUCAAGGCCAUGGCCAAGGUGCGCGUUGAGAAGGUCAUCGUCGUCGGCGCGCCCGCCGAGUGGGAGGGUCAGGAGCACGUCUUCGUCAGCGAAGAGGGCGCCAAGGAGAGCCAGCGCAGGCGUAAGGUGAGCGUCAGCUACACCAAGGCUCAGGGCGGCAAGGCGGCCUUCGCCGUCGUCAGGGAUCCCAAGGUCAGCAUCACCAAGGGAUGGAAGAUUGAUUUUGGUGGUGAGGCGGCCGAUGAGCACCAUGGACACGCGCACUAG